AUGCUCAAAGAAACUUCAAAUGUACGUGAAAAGCUAGAUUUACAAAUAGGUCGAUCGAUGCAACUAGAAGCAGAGUUAGCUCGUCUUAAAUCAGUGAACGCACAGUUGGAAUCCGGGAUUCAGGAAAUGACUAAGCAAAGUUUGUCAAAUGCUCAAACAAGUGCAGCUGAAAUUCGCGCUUUGCAAGAAGAAAAACUAACAGCAUACAAUUCACAUCAAUUAGAAAUCAAUCAAAUAAAAAAAGAAUUAAAUCAACUGAAUAAUGAAAACUCUGAGUAUAAGAAAGAAAUUAGUCGAUUACAAACUAAAACCAAUGAAUUGAAGGAGUUAGAAACACAAAUCAACUCAGUUGGAUUGUUCAAAUCAGAACAGAAAAUGAUUCAAAAUUCAUUCGAAGAAAAAAUAAAACAAUUAGAAAUUAUUGAUAGUCAGAAGCAAAGAGAAGUUGAAAAUUUGUCAAUGGAUUUAAAUCAAGCCAAGGAACAAGUAAUACACAGUCGUAAAUCUCUAGAAAUAUUACAAAGUGAAUUAUCAUCUAGUCGCACAAUGUUGAUAAAAUCAAGAGAAGAAAUUGUUAAACGAUCUCAAAACGAAGAACAAUUAGAGAAAUCACUGCAAAAAUUAAAACUCGAACUAGAGCAAACAAAUGUACAUAAAACUGCAGCAGAAAUGGCCAGUAAAACAGCUAUCAGUAAUUAUCAAGAAUUGGAAACGCAGAUGGAAUCCUACAAAACAUCAAAUAUAACUAUACAAACCCGUCUACAUGAAGUAGGCAAGGAAUUGGACGAAACAAAAUUGAUUAAAUCUCAAUUAGAAGAAAGAUUAAACAUUCUGACAGAGCAAUUACAGUUAGCGCAAAAACAACUUGAGGAAAAACAAGCACAAUUAAACCGCUCUGAUUCAAUUGUAAAUCGUAUGUCCAAAGAAUUUAAACGAACACAAAUAACAAUUGAAGAAAGUGCACAGAAAGUAAACAGUCUAUUUGGGCAAUUGAAAACAACCCAAGAAAAGUUGAAUGGAGCAAAUGAACAGUUGAGUGAAGUGGAAAGUAAAAGAAAAAGUUUGCUAAAAGAAUUAGAAGAAUACCAAAGUUCUCACCAUACGCAUGAUAGCGAAGUUCAAUCAAUGGAAGUUCAGGUCAAUUAUCUGCUAAGUGAACUUGGACAAAUGAACGAUCGCUUGACAACAAAUCAAAAAGAACUGACUGAUUCACGAUCAGAAGUAGAUUCACUAAGAAAACGAAUUAAUGAGUCGACACUUGAAAUACAACAUUUAAACUCAAUGCUGAAUGAAAAACAAAUAAAAUUAGAUGAACUAGGAAGACAAGUAAUGGAAAUGGAGAACCAAUUAAGUUCAUCUGACCAGUAUACUCAAUCAUUAAGUUCAGCUAAUGAUGACUUAAUGAACGAAUUAAAAAAUCGAACUAAUGAAAUAGAAAAACUACAAAAUGAAAUCAAACAAAAUAUGACAGGAAUACAAAAUUCCGAAUUUAUGAUACAAGAAUUAGAAUUCAGUAUUCAACAAUUAACUAAGCAACUUGAACAAUCAGAACUUUUACGCUUGGAAGCAGAAAAAGUCAGUAAUCAUGCUGUCAGCGAAUCGGCUGCCCUUAAAAUUGAACUGGCUAAAAAAGAUGAACGAAUUAUUAAUUUACAAAAUACUGGCGAUGCAAUUACGCAAAAGUUAAAAUCACUUGAGCAGACAUCGAAUCAAACUGAACAAAUUAUCAAUAAAUAUAUUAACUCUGAGAUUGAAAAAGAUAGCACGAUUCAAAGACUUCAGACGGAAUUGGAACACAUACGUCACCAGUUAACUGAAAGUGAGACAGAACUACAGAGCAGGUCUUCACAAAUAAAAUCACUAACAUGUGAAUUAGAAGCUGUGAAAGCAAACCUGGCAGAUUGUACUUUGCACAGAAAUUCAGAAAAUCUUACACGUAAACGUAUAGAGUUAGAAGUGGCGGAUCUUCGAGAAAUGAAACUAGCUUUUACAGAACAAAUUGAAAGACAAGAGCAAUUCAUUGAACGGUUACAAUCUGAACUUUCAAACGAACGUGAAAGAAAUGAUUUUCUUAAUAAAAUUAAAACAGAUAAAGAAAGAGAACUUCAUAAUAUCACAAAUGAAGUGGACCAUCUACAUCAACACAACAAAGAACUUUCUAGUCGUUUGCUAGAACGUGAAUCAGCUUUAGAUUCUAUGUCACGUGAAUUGGAAAUAUUUACUUCUAGACUAGAUACAACUUCAAAAAGUUUAACAGAAACUGAAGCAGAAUUAUUAGAAACAAAACAUAAAUACGAAUUAUCUGAAGCUAAAGCAAAUAAGCAAAAAGAUGAGACCGAAAGAGCUCAAUUAAAAGAAACAGUCAAUCGUCUUGAAGGUGAAUUAGCUGCGCGGUCAGAUGCAUUACGCAAAGCAACAGUCGAUAUUACACGUAUGAAAACGAAUCAUGAAACAGAAUUAAGAGAUAAAACAGAUCAUCUAAAUGAAUCACUUUACCAAAUGGAAAAUAAAUGGAAAGAAGCGUGUAAAAUGAUUGAGAAGUUAGAGAAAGAAUACAAAGAUCAAGAGUUCAAACUUUUAGAAGCAUCAACGAACAGUAGUGAUGAAAACAAACUAUUAAAACAGAAACUAGAUUCAAUGGAAUCAAAAAACCGUAUAAUGUACAAUGAACUUGAAACAGUUAAAUUAUCGAGAGAAAAUUUACAAAAUGAAUAUAAUCAUGUCCAAAAUGAACUAGAUAAAUUAAGACUUAAAAGUGAAAGCACUACAGUAAAAGUUUCGGCUGGUAUUCAAGCUGUUCAAAAGUCGGAAAAUGCCAGCACAAAUACGGAGAAUAUUGAAAGAAACGAAACAGAAUAUUUACCUAAGCUUCAACUUUCAAGUAAUAGAUCUAAACAGUAUUCAGAACGAAAUAAAAUGCGUAACGCAUCACCUUAUGAAUCUGUGAAAUUUACUAAUCAUGAUUUAAACAGUUCCGAUAAUUCACCUGAUUCCAUCGAAUCAAGAGUGGAAGCACUUAAACAAGCUAAUCAUUAUUUAAGAAUGGAAGUCGAAAAUGCAUGUAAAAUGAUAAAUUCAAGUGUUUUAAAUAAGAAUAAAAUGGAAGAUGAAUUUCUAUCCAUGCCAAAAGUAAAGUAUCCAAAUUUAACUCAGUUUGAUAUUGGGAAUCAUAAACACAAAGUUGGAUUUUUCAGUGAACCGGAUCACUGCAUAGAGUAUAGAGAUGAAAGUUUGGUUGAACAAGAAUCGAAAACUGUUUGGCUUGAACGAGCUGAAUCCAUUUCACAAAAAUUCCAUGAUAACAACAAUUACUGGUCAAAUAAAUUAGAAAAUAUUGAUAAACUAAAAAAUUCCAGUCGAGAUACCGUACAAAGCACAGAACAUCAAUCACACACAAUUAGAACAAAUACAAAUACUGACCGAAAAGUGAAGCCCACCCGUCUGAGUGAUUCCAACACUGGUGUUAACUGUAAUACUGGACGGAGUAAAUUAACAAAACUAGAACCAACAGACUACCAUGUGAAAUCUGGUGACAAAUUCGUUAAAAUUACAAGUAUGUCUAAGAUUAACCCUGUCCCAAUUAAACACAUAUCUACGUAUCGCAGUUCAAGAAUAAAAUAA